AUGAAUAUCACUAACUGUACCGCAGAAGCCAGUGUGGCUGCGAGACCCAAGACCAUCACUGAAAAGAUGCUCAUCUCCAUGACUCUGGUGAUCAUCACCACCCUGACCAUGUUACUGAACUUGGCGGUGAUCAUGGCCAUCUGUACCACCAAGAAGCUCCACCAGCCUGCCAACUACCUGAUCUGUUCCCUGGCUGUGACGGAUCUCCUGGUGGCAGUACUCGUCAUGCCACUGAGCAUCAUGUACAUUGUCAUGGACAGCUGGAAGCUAGGAUACUUCAUCUGUGAGGUGUGGCUAAGUGUGGACAUGACCUGCUGCACCUGCUCCAUCCUCCAUCUCUGUGUGAUUGCCCUAGACAGGUACUGGGCCAUCACCAAUGCUAUUGAAUAUGCCAGGAAGAGGACCGCCAAGAGGGCUGUGCUGAUGAUCCUCACCGUCUGGACCAUCUCCAUCUUCAUCUCCAUGCCCCCCCUGUUCUGGAGAAGCCACCGCCAACUCAGCCCACCUCCUAGUGAGUGCACCAUCCAGCAUGACCAUGUCAUCUACACCAUUUACUCCACGCUUGGAGCAUUUUAUAUCCCCUUGACUUUGAUACUUAUUCUGUAUUACCGGAUCUACCAUGCAGCCAAGAGCCUUUACCAGAAAAGAGGAUCGAGCCGGCACUUAAGCAACAGAAGCACAGAUAGCCAAAAUUCUUUUGCAAGUUGUAAACUUACACAGACUUUCUGUGUGUCUGAUUUCUCCACCUCAGACCCUACCACCGAGUUUGAAAAGAUCCACAACUCUAUCAGGAUCCCUUCCUUCGAUAAUGAUCUAGAUCACCCAGGAGAACGUCAGCAGAUCUCUAGUACCAGGGAACGCAAGGCAGCACGCAUCCUAGGACUGAUUUUGGGGGCAUUCAUUUUGUCGUGGCUUCCAUUUUUCAUCAAAGAGUUGAUUGUGGGUCUGAGUAUCUACACAGUGUCCUCUGAAGUGGCUGAUUUUUUAACGUGGCUUGGUUAUGUUAAUUCUCUGAUCAACCCUCUGCUCUAUACAAGUUUUAAUGAAGACUUUAAACUGGCUUUUAAAAAGCUAAUUAGGUGCCGAGAACAUGCGUAG